GAAUCUCUCUCCCAACUCUUCAAGAUGCUCUCCUUCCCUUCCUCAAAAUCUUGUCCUAUAGCAAAACCAGUGCCUCAACAUCUUCGCUCAUCUCUCUUAGAUUCCUUUUGUGGAUCCAAAUCUCUCUCUUUCAACCCACAAACUGGAUUCAAUCUCCGCCCAAAAUCUCUCCAAAUCAAAGCCAUGGAGGCCUCCCUAGACUACCACUUUGGAACCCAACUGCAAACCCAUAUCAAAACACCCACAAGCCUCAAAAUUGCCAUUAUUGGGUUCGGCAAUGUUGGCCAGUUUCACGCCAAAACCUUCGUCAGCCAGGGCCACACUGUCCUCGCUCACUCUCGCUCGGACAACUCCGACACCGCCGCAAAGCUCGGCGUUUCCUUCUUCAGCGACCCGCACGAUCUCUGCGAGGAACACCCAGAAGUGGUGAUGCUAUGCACCUCGAUCCUUUCGACAAAAUCCGAGCUCGAAUCGAUCCCGUUUCAGAGACUGCGGCGUAGCACGCUAUUUGUUGAUGUUUUUUCGGUGAAAGAAUUUCCCAGAAGCCUAUUUGUAAAGGUUGCAACAACCCUGCAGGCCUCUGGUGUUCAGUCUUCACUUGCUGACAAAUCUGACAAUUAG